GAAGAGAACAAUUGUACAUUCUAACACUCUCUACCCUCGCUCUGGGGUGGAACUUUUACCAAGUCCGAUUUCUAGCCGCCAUGUUUGUUUCCUUAAAAUGGAUAUAUGCGCUAGCUAUCCUAUCGUUGCUGUCAUUUGUCGAGUCAGCAAAUCAACCCACAAAAGAAUUUAUUGUGGACACUGAUCUCUUCGACGCCAUUGACGACACUGCAGCGCUCCUUCUCGCCUCCACUCUACCAAACACCAAGCUCCUCGCUGUAAAUGUCAACGUCAACUCUGCAUACUCGGCGCUCGCUGCAUCUGCGAUUGUUAACUACUACGGGUAUUCAUCUAUUCCCAUUGGAUUACAAAGGCCUUAUACCAAUGUGACCUCUUCUGAACCCUUUGGGAAAGAGUAUGCGAGCAGGGUGGCUAUCAGAUGGUCCGGAGGCUCUGUUCCCUGGUUCGAAGUCAACAAAACAUUGGACCCCGUGGAAUUGUAUCGCAAAACACUUGGCGAGGCAAAGAACGGCAGUAUAACUAUCGUCUCCCUUGGAUUUAUGGGAUCCCUCUCAGGUCUCUUGAACUCCACGGCAGAUAAAUACUCUCCCUUGGAUGGAUACGGCCUGGUGAAGGCCAAGGUAAAGGAAUUGGUGGUGAUGGGUGGUGGAUACCUAGCGGAGGGGUCCCUUGAUCAAGAAUACAAUUUUGCCAUUCAAGAAGCACCACAUGUUGUUAACACAUGGCCGAACCUUGUACCCAUGACUUUCAUCGGAGCCGAACUCGGUGUACAAGUUUUGACAGGGGCAAGACUCACUACAUGUGGCCCCUCUGGCGACCCAGUAAGAACGAGUUUUGAGUGGUGGGGUGGCGCCAAUGUUUCACAGUAUUCUUGGGAUCAUCUGGCAAUGGCAUACGCUGGUCGUGGUCUGGGCAACUGGUUCGAAUAUGCAAACGCAAAUGGCUACAACUAUGUAUACCCUAACGGCACCAACAUCUGGGUUGAAGACGAACGCAUAACCAACCAGCACUAUCUGAAGCUGAAGACCUCAAAUGAGACCGUAGCGAAGGGACUGGAGGAUCUGUUACUGAGGGGCGCAUGGGCAAAUGCCCAAGUGGACUGAAGCCUCGCACUAAAAACAAAAGUGUUUUCUUGGUCUCAACAGAUUUCUAGGCUUUUUGGACCCUUUAAUGGCUAGAUCGAUGUUCUCCACUAUUUUGCGGCUAAGAUUCAGAGUACCAAAUGUAAAAACAUACACCUACAUACAUAGACGAUUGGCAAGAAACUUCCCAGGCUACUGGUACUGUAUAACAAUGGAACGGAUUUCCAAUACCAAACUUUCCCG